AUGAUUUUUGUGGAAUUGGACAAUCAACCAAAGCAAAACAUUCAAUACGAAAUUGUUUCACCAAUACCAGCAUCAUCUAGAAAAAAGCAAGUAGAACGUUCUACUAUCAGCAAUGUAGCAACUUCACUUGAAUUCUCUACAAGUAGUGCAACAAGUAAUGAUGAUGAAAAAGUUGUAAUAUUUGAAGAGGAUGACGAUUCAAUUUUUGAUAAGUUUAUUGAAACUAAAGAAUUGGAAAAGAAACAAACUAUUUCCCCAGAAAUUCCACAAUCAUCAGCAGUUGUCGAUAAAAAAGAGAAUGAAACACCAGCCACCACCACUACAAUUACAUCAAACCAAAAUUCUCAACCAAGUCAAGAUUCUCCAGAAAUUGAUUUUGAUGAAGAUAUUAUCUUUUCAGACAAUGAGGAACAACAUGUGGAAAAACAACUCUUCCCUGAGGAAUCUGCACAAAAGAGUCAAGAAUCUGACUCUAUGGUUAUUGACGACCUAUCUCCUCUUAUGGAUGACAUAUUGAGCCAAUCAAAUGAAGAACCUGUAAAAAUGACUGAUGAGCUUAAUGAAGCACUCUGUACACAAGCUGUAGAUACACUCCUCACUCGUGAUGAAUCAUCUCAAAAAGAAGAGGUUACCAAGAAGGUUGACCAACCAGAACAAUCAAAGCAAAGUCAACCUCUAUCAACACCUCAAAAAUCAUCAUCUCAACCAAAAUCUUCACAAGAGAAGAAGGUGGCACCAGUUUUUACUCCAAAAUCCUCACAAGAGAGGAAACAGGAACAAAAAGCUACUCCAAAAUCCUCAACACAAGAGAAGAAAGUAAUUACAACACCAAAAUCUUCACAAGAAAAGGUAACAACUCCAAAAGCCUCUCAAGAACAAAAAGCCUCACAAGAGAAGAAACAAAUUACAACCCCAAAAGCAUCUUCACAAGAAAAGGCAAUAACACCAAAAUCCUCACAAGAGAAGAAACCAGCAACAAAUGAAAAUAACUCAACCAACAAGCCAGUCAAACAAUUAACACCAAAAACUCCUAUCUCAAUAUUAUCAAAGGUGAAGAAUUACAAAACACCUAACCCUUCACAAAAUCCUAGAGAGCAAGUUGCAGAAAAAUCAAAGAGCACAACCAAAAAGAGGAAGAGAGAUCAACUUUCUUCUAUCAUUGCUAAAAAGGCCAUCGACUCAUUGUCUUCCAGUAAGAAGAAAAAUAAAUAG